AUUGGCGGCAUGACAGGCAACAAUUGAAAUUGUCUGAGGUUAGGAUUGAAAUCUGUGACAGCCUAAACGAUUUGUUGCGAACAGAAUCGUGCCAUUUACCAUACUAAUCAAAGUGGUAAAAGAACGGUUGUUCAGAACUUCUUGCAAGUAACUUGAGAAUUAACUAUAUAACUCAUCAAGAACUGUAUCCACUAGUUGAAUGUCAACUUUGGUUGCAGCGUUAAAAGGUUCCUUUCAUGGGCUUCCCACUCGUUAUCGAUCGUUCGUGUUGAUGGCUAGUGCUGGCAUUCAUUCCUUCAGUUCAACAAAGGUUCGCCUUGUAUUCUUCGUCUUUACCAGAUUGCCAUGAAACCGUUAACUACUGUAACUGUACGGCACAUCUGUCUAGAGCCUCGGUUCUCUAAAUGCUUUAAAUGAAACUCGUUAUUCAGGGAAUACAUUCUACAAAAUAGCCUGAAACCGUUGCAGGUUUUGGAACUUGGAUCUUGGCCGAAAGAUAAUUAUCAGCUAACACGGUUAGAGAUUACGCCUCAUGAUGUCGAAACGUGUUUUAUCGAUUAUUGAUGCAACGACUUGCUUAUCAGUAUCUAUCAGUUUAUUACACCAUGGGAAAAGCCAACAUUUCUAAAGCACUGAGAUAGUGCGAAGGUUUUCUAUUUUCCGUUAACAACUGCAGUCGUAACGGUUGUCGACCGUCUUUCCCCAUUUGAAGAUUCAGCGGUAAAUUAUGGCAGCAAAAGUAGAAGAAACGGGUGAAAUUUCGUGUUCAGAAGACAAAAUUAAAAUUCUAUUCAUUUUUCGUGGAAAUGAUUUGCACUGCCAGGAUGAACUUCUUUUGAACGACCUCGGCUAUGGAUCCGUUUAUCGCGGCGUGUGGAAGGGCAAACCUGUGUCAAUUAGACAGGUCCCGAAAUCCCAUUGUUUCCCCAAUUGGAAGGAAAACUUCGACCGUCAUGUUAAGGGAACCCUCAACUCUGAUAAUGUUCUCAAAGUUUUGGGUUUCGAGGAGGAUAGCAGUUUGAGAUAUUUUGCUCUCGAAUUGUUUGGUGGUACAUUGGAACAAUAUUGUAACCGCCAGUAUAAUGGACCGAUGCCAUUUGAUGCCCAAGUCCUUUAUCAGAUUGCCAAAGGAGUUGCUUAUUUGCAUAAACGAGGACUCGCUCAUGGUCGUCUUAACCCAAAAGCAAUUCUUAUAUGUCAGUCUCAUCCUGUCAAAAUGAAGGUGUCAGAUUUUGGACUGUGCCAGUUUAAAGACGCAUCAUCAGACUGUGACGCGAUAAAUAUGAAAGAAAGUUUGCCUAUUGCGGGUAAUGUUCAAGAGGACCUCACUCAUCCAAAGUAUUGGAUCAAUUCGAGAUUACCAAGAAAAUUAAAAGAGCCAACAGAAAGCGGCGACACUUUUUCGAUUCCCGCGCCUACAGUACAUGGAGAUACAUUCGCAACUGGAUGCCUAUUCUUUUAUUUCUUGGAAAGAGGAUUGCAUCCGUUUGGUGACACAGCAUCAAUAUUAAAUAACAUUUCAAGAAUGAAUUCCAUCAAUCUUAAAAAACUAGACAAAACCCAUUUUGCUUUUGAUUCAAUUGAGAAAUUGAUCCAAGACCCUCCAACAGAUGGAACUCAGCUUCUGUCGAUUGCACUUGUUAAGUUCAAAGAUGUUCUUCCCCUGAGGAUUGACGAAAACAAGAUAUAUGGCCAAGGUGCAUACGGAAUUGUGUACGCAGGCAGGUACGACGGGAAACCAGUUGCAGUUAAGAGACUAUCGAGAGACGUUUAUGUAUCUGAAAGCACGAAGAGGGAAAUGAAAAGAGAAGUGAAAGGACAUAGCCAGAUGGAUCACGAAAAUGUUCUGAAGCUUUUACACAUCGAUGAAGAAAAACAUUCCUCUUUCAUAUACCUCGUUCUGGAAUUGUGCGCUGGAACACUAACGAAUUUUUGCGAAAAGAAAUACCAGGGACCGCCAUUGCCACAAGACGAAUUGGUCUUAUACCAAAUUGCGAAUGGAUUGCAUUAUAUUCAUUCCAGCGGCUUGGUUCACCGUGACGUAAAACCGGACAACAUUCUCAUUUCCAUGACGUCACCUCCUACAAUUAAGUUGUCCGAUUUCGGACUGUGCAAAAAAGUUAGUCAUCAAGAAACAUUUUCUCAAAGUGCACUAAAAGGAACUAGGGACUGGAUGGCGCCAGAAAUGCUAGAAAUUAUGAACGAUUCUGAAAACGAAAAGAACGAACUUCCUCACGGAACAAUCGAAAGCGACACAUUUUCAGCUGGAUGCGUCUUUUUCUAUUUCCUGACGCGCGGAUCACAUCCGUUCGGAAAUUCUCAUUCGGCACCAGCAAAUAUCUUGCAAAACAAGCCAGUGGAAAUUGUCAGCUACAUACAAAGUUUGCAAAAAGAAAAAGAAGGAAAGCUAGAACUUUACAAUGUAAUUAAAAACAUGAUUACUAAAAAAGAUGAAAGAAUUGCAUUGUCCAAUGUUCUCGCACAUCUAACGUCGCUAUUAACAGCAUACCGCCAAUUCAAGGAGAUCGAAAGGGCGAUACCUGGAUCAACUAGCUACUGGCAAGUUUGCCGUUUCAAUCCAACAAAGCCGGUUCUCGCCUGUAGCCUUAAAUAUAAAGUGAUUUUCUUCACUGCCCCGGACGCUGUAAUUCCAUUUUCCAACUGGAAGCAGUCUGAACUGAAAUUGCAAGCUCAAAAUGGGAAUGAUAUUUCAGCAUUACAAUGGAAUCCAAACGGAAAUCAAUUGGCUGCUGGCUGCAGGAACGGUGAUGUCAUCGUCUGCAAUUAUCCAACUGGCGAAAUUAUCUUUCAAAUGAAUCAGCAUUCACGUAUGGUUUCAAUAAUAGAAUGGAAUCCAUCGAGAUUAGACAUGUUGGCUUCUAUCGAUAACAUGGGCACAAAAUGUUUGCUAUGGACGUCGCCAAGCGACUCGAUGACAAAUCAGAUAAGGACCAUCGAAGGUGAGGGUGUUAUCACCUGUGCAAAAUGGAUUUCUGAAAAUCAAAUCGCUCUCGGAUUUCGUUAUGGCGUGAUUGGGAUUUGGGAAAUUCUUUCUAACCCGACAUCAGCUAGAUGUACAACGUUUAUUCGAGACGUCGACUUCCAUGAUUCUAUAGAGGAUCUACAUUGGAAUGAAAAUGCUAAAUAUUUGGUCUCUUGGUCACGCUACGGAGAAAUUAAGAUUUGGUCAACAGACCGCGAAGAAUCUAUUUACGGAAAUGACGAUUUCAUAUGUACGAGUUUCACAUGGCGCCCUCACAGGACAGUGACAGGCGAAAUAGAAUUGUCCCGAAGUUUAAAUUAUGCUUGCGGAACGAGAGAUGGAAACAUCUUCAUUUGGAAUCCGUUGAAAAACGAAGGAAAGCCUCAAAUUCUAUCUCGCCAACAUGCCACAGAAUUGGUUUUGGUCGUCUUUUCAUCAGACGGGCAAUUUCUGACAUCAGCGGACGUGAAUGGUAAAAUAAUCUUCUGGUCGACUGAAACUUGGAAACCUGUUUUCAUCACGCAAAAUCGGGAUGCGUAUGUACCGAAGUUGUCGUGGUCGUCUACAACUUCAUCCGCGGAUGAUAGUGGAUAUAAAUUCGCCUUCUGCACUUACGUCGUUGGAGGCAGUAUGGUUCAUGUAAUCGAAUACGCCAUUACGGACACUAAUGACGUCCAGCAACCAUCCAUUCAACAACCUUAAAAACGACAACAAGCUGUAGGCCAACUGAUGAAAAGAAACUACGAGACAGUAAGUAAUCGCAUCCAGCAGGCUUUUAAUACGUUUCUCCUUCUUCUUUUA